GGGGAGAACCUAAGUAAGAUAUUAUUGAAAAAAUUAAUCCUUUUUAGCUAAGAAUAACCAGUUUGGACAUUUCACAUUUGAUGGAUAUACAUUAACAUUAUGGAUUUAAAAAAAAUCUAUUUAAUGAAAUGUUUUUAUAUUCUUUGGAUAUAGUAAAUUCAGUUUAGAGUCAUUGUGAUAUAUUUGGAAUAAGUACUGAUUGGAUUUAAAUUUGACAAGGACAGGAUUUGAACUAUUCUUGCGUGUAAGAACUGGACUUUACGGCUAAUUAAUAUUUUAGGUACAUACACAAUUACGGUUUUAUAAACAAAACAAGCGCCAUGACAGUGUUAUUAUUUUUAUCCGUAUUUAAGGUUAUUGUGCAACAAUGCAUCUGCACUGAUAAUAGUGAAGGUUUCAAUACUACAUGGAAUAAAGAAAACAGUUAUAUUGAGAAUUAUCUCAAUGGAUCUGAAAUGCCGUCUCAAAGUUACGAUGUACAAGAGACAAAUUUUUCAAAGUCGUAUAACGAAACAAAAAUACUCAAUAAAACAUUGUCGAUCCCCGUAAACAUCACCAGAGGAUGGAAAGAACCAUGGAAACCAACUUACCCUGAAAAACAGUUACCUUUCGUCAUAAUUGUGGUAGGACCAACAGCUGCGUUUACAAUUAUUCUCUUUCUGUGCGUAUCUUUUUAUUUCCAUAAUUUACAGCUUAACAGAAAAGCACAGAAAUUAUCGCUCACACUGUAUGUGACACCUGACUCAAAUUCUUUGACACGAGAAGACGAUGAGAUCGCAUUGCCGGUGUUACCAAUAGUAAACAUAAACGGAUCGACGUCUCCCAAAACACCACAUCUUUCAAGAGAACUCUCUGUGAAUAGUAUGCGUCUUUCUAGAGAAAACUCGGUACAGAGUAUGAGGCUUUCAAGGGACAUUGAAGUAUUCUGCACACAAAAGAAAAGUACGAUAUCUUUAGGUCUGCCAUCUAGAGGUUCAACAUUAAGUGCUUUUGCCGACCAGAAAAUUGUAAACGAGUCGGCUAAAAGAAAACGUUCCAUUUUUAUAUUAUAAACAGUGUAAUACUAGUCUGUGUAACAGCAUUUUCGUUAAAAGUGAGUUGUAGAUCAGCAGUUCUUUAAAGACGAUUUCAAUGACGUGUUAUGUAAGGAAAAUAUGUUUCAAAAAAUAUAUUGUCGUAUGUUCUGAUACAGAAUUUUUAAGAAGAUGUCAAAUCUUACGAUUUAUACCAAAAAAAAGCAUUGUAAACAGAAGCUUCUUUCAAAUUUUGGUCGAAAACUACAUAGUUUAUUUUGGUGUUUUAGCAAAUUCACCUAUUUAUAAGUAUUUUCUUUCUUCACAAGUAUUCCAGUGUUUGUUAUUUAUUUCAAAAGAUUGCUAUGUACGUAUCUAUAUCAUCUACAGCGGUAGAGAAUUAUUUUGAAUGUAAUGAAGGAAGGGCUUAGUUUUAAAUGUUUACACAUAAGAAAUAUAGAUAUUUAUCACACUUAUGAUGGAAUGUUAUAAUUCUAAGCUCAUGUAUCUACAAGAUUGUUCCAAUUUAAGUCAAAGGUUCUUUACUGUUGUCAAACCAUUCUUUUAGUAAUUGCAAUACAAUAAAGCUGGAUUUUAUAUGAAGAUUCAAAGACAUUUUUGCUUAUUUUAAAGAUAUUUUGGCAUACAUUUACAUUUGCGUGUUACAGAUUUUUGAAUGCAAUAAAUUUACAACAGAC